AUGAGAACUGCCUACUACUGUCCUCAAGUCAAUAACGCAGAACGCGUCAAUCGCGUCAUAGUUACAUGUAUUCGGACUCUCCUAGACGGCGAUCACCGGGAAUGGGACGAAAAGCUACCAGCAAUCACGGCUGCCAUAAAUGCCGCGAGGCAUGAGGCAACUGGGGUGAGUCCGCAUGAAGCCAACUUCGGACGGAAUCUAUUGUUACACACGGAUCUGUACAUGCAGCAACAUCUAAACACACCUGAAGAUUCGAAGGUAGCGCAGGACAUGAGAUUAUCAACUAUUCGCCGGAUUCAAAAAUUGAUUAUAGAGCGCAUUAAAAACAAUCAUCAGCGUGCAAAGCAGAGAUACAACCUCCGCGCAAGAUCUGUGACGUUCAAAAUCGGACACUUGGUAUGGAGACGAUCGUUCAUUCUCUCAUCUAAGGCGGACAAGAUUAAUAGAAAGCUAGAGCCGAAGUUCGUUCCAGCAAUCGUCAAAGAAAUCAUCGGAACAAAUCUAUACGUGUUGGAAGACGUCCUGAAUGGCAAGAAAGGCAGAUACCACGCAAAGGACAUUAAACCCGAUUAA